AUGCUGCUGCUGUCUCUGAGUGACUUUGAAAAUAGGUUAAUCCAUAGUUCAAGAUUCAAGCACAUUGAAAGCCCUCAUUACUAUCUAGAUGAAAAUCUACAUGAAAACAAAAUUGACGAACAGGCAACCAAUGCAUCAGAAAUCAAUGUCACUUCACCCCAGAGUAGCAAGUUAAUUAAACCGAUAAAAUCAAUUUGGAGUAAAAAUGGGAGAAGGUACCUUAUUGCAGUUUCUGUUGUUUUGGCGCUCUUUGUGAUUGCCCUUGUUUUCGUCAUCACUUCAACUAAAUUGUUGAAUGACCCAGUUAAAGAAGGAGCUAAAGUGGAGAAAUUGACAAAUAUAAAGUACCAGCAAUUGAAAGCUAUUAGGACAAAUUUGAUAGACCACGAUACAUCUCGCGAUGAGUACAGUAAAAGUCACAACUGGCAAUUGGUUUUUUCAGAUGAGUUUAAUAAAGAAAAUCGAACAUUUGGUGAGCAUGAAGAUCAGUUCUUUACCGCGGUGGAUUUACAUUAUCGAGCAACGCAAGAUUUGGAGUAUUAUUUACCUCAUAUGGCAACUACCAAGAAUGGAAGUUUGGUGAUUACAUUUGACAAGUUCAAUCAUUCCAACUUGCAAUAUGUAUCAGCAAUGUUGCAAAGUUGGAACAAAUUAUGUUUUAACAAACAAGCCCGAAUUGAAGUUCGAGCAAAAUUGCCCCCAGAUGUACAGUAUGGACUAUGGCCAGCUGUUUGGUCUUUGGGAAAUUUGGCUCGUCCCGGCUAUUUGGCAACAACAGAUGGGUUAUGGCCAUACACUUAUAAUGACUGUGAUUUAGGUAUCACGCGCAACCAAUCAACUUUGAAUGAAAAUAUGUCCUACUUGCCAGGCCAGCGAUUGAGCGUAUGCACUUGUUUUGGUGAAGACCACCCAAAUACCGGUGUUGGAAGAGGUGCUCCUGAAAUUGAUAUAAUUGAAGGAUUGUUUGAGCAUGGGCGUGUUGUUGGAGUCCAAACAGUGCAAGUUGCACCAUUCGAUGAAUGGUGGAGACCCGAUUACGACUAUGUUGAUAUAAACAACAAGAACGUUACUUAUAUCAGAGAAGAUGUAGGGACAAUUUACCAAGAAUCAAUUUCGUUAGCCACGAUAUUGAAACUGGAUGGGUUUGUUGAAUUCGCCAUGGAAUACAGGAGUUUACCACUGGGACAUGGAUAUGUCAAGUUUGAAAUGAAUGGGGUUUCCAUGUUUACUAUAAAUGAAACAGCCUUGCGUGCCAAUGGAUUAAUUGGGUCGAGACAAAUAACUAAAGAACCAAUGUCAAUCAUUUUCAAUAUGGGCUUAUCCAAAAUUUGGAAUCCUAAAUUACAAAUUGACAAAUUACAAUUUCCAGCAAAGUUUUAUAUUGAUUAUAUCAGAGUAUAUCAACCUUUGGAUGCCAUGGAUUUAACCUGUGACCCAGAAGGUUUUCCGACAAGUUCGUAUAUUGAAUCACAUUUGAAUGCAUAUUUGGAUUGGGAGUUGGAUACGUGGAGUGAUGCAGGUUAUCAGUUUCCCCAAAAUUCACUUGAAAGCAAGUGCCGAUCACCGUCUGUAUUUGGAUCUGGAUGA